GUGUGUUCCAAUGGAGAAUCUCUCUGCAACUCUCCGCCAUUGUCACACUUCCUUCUCUCUUCGCAAACCAAACCGUAGAUAUCUUAUAAACCCACUUAAGUAUAAUCAUUCUUCGACUUGCUUUUCUCUGGACAUCAAGCAUGCGUUGUCGUCGGAGUCUAUACCAACCUCUGUUUCUCUGGCCUUAUCGUCUUCAAGCUCGGAACUUUAUCCCCUAACGGAGCUUAAAAAUUGCGAUGAUUUGGCUUCUGUUAAAGCUGUUCAUGCUCGGGUGAUGAAGAUGUUCGAUCGAUUCGACUUGGAGAGCUUGAUCUCUCGUUACCUUGAAUUCGGAGAAUUAGGGUACGCUUGUGCUAUCUUCUUCAUGGGUUUCCCUCGGAAUCAAGUUUCAUGGAUGGGUUUCUUGGAGGAAGUCGAGAGCUUCGGGUUAGAGAGGCAUAGGGUCUUAGAGGAGUUUGUUCAGCUACAGAGCAAAGGAGUAAACUUUGAUGAAGUAGUUCUCGCUAUGGUGUUAAGAAUCUGUUCCGUUUUGAUGAAUGAGCUUCUGGGUUUUACUAUUCAUGGAGGUUUGAUCAAGAGAGGGGCUGUUAGAUCAGACACACGAGUGGUUUCUGCGUUGAUGGGUUUUUACGGAAGAUGUGUGAGUUCGGAUAUCGCCAACAAGGUGUUCGACGAAAUGCCUGAAAGAGAUGAUCUUGCGUGGAACGAGAUUAUGAUGGUGAACUUGAGGAGUGGGGAGUGGGAGAAGGCUGUGGAGCUGUUUAGAGAGAUGCAGUUUUGUGCUGCAAAGGUUUACGAUAGAACGAUGGUUAAGCUUUUGCAAGUUUGUAGUAGUAAAGGAAGGUUAGAAGAAGGGAGACAGAUUCAUGGGUAUGUUCUGAGACUUGGGUUUGAAGCAAACGUCUCGGUGUGUAACUCCUUGAUCGUCAUGUACUCAAGGAACGGCGAGGUUGAAUCAUCCAGGAAGGUUUUCGAUUCGAUGAAAGACAGGGAUUUAUCUUCAUGGAACUCGAUUAUAUCAAGUUAUACUGCAUUAGGGUAUGUUGAUGAUGCUAUGGCACUCCUGGAGGAGAUGGAGAGAUGUGGUUUUAAACCAGAUAUAGUGACAUGGAAUUCUCUUUUGUCAGGCCAAGGCUUAUACAGAAGCGCCAUCGCUAUAUUGAAGAGAAUGCAAGUUUCUGGUCUGAAGCCAAACUCCACCUCCAUAACUAGUCUUCUUCAAGCCGUUGCUGAACCGGGGCUUCUUAGUCUCGGGAAAGCAAUUCACGGAUAUGUAAUAAGAAACCAGCUUUGCUACGAUGUAUAUGUAGAAACCACAUUGAUCGACAUGUAUGUUAAAACCGGCUGCUUGCCUUACGCCAAGUUGUUUUUUGAUACAAUGGAUGAGAAGAAGAACGUUGUUGCUUGGAACUCACUCAUCUCUGGACUCUCGUACGCCGGUUUGGUACAAGAUGCUGAAGGUUUGAUGAGUAAAAUGGAGAAGGAAGGUGGGAUCAAACCCGAUGCUGUCACAUGGAACAGUCUGGUUUAUGGGUAUGCGUCUUGUGGAAAAACAGAGAAAGCUUUGGAUGUAAUAGAGAAGAUGAAAAGAAACAAGGUUGAGCCUAAUGUGGUUUCAUGGACUGCUAUUUUAUCAGGAUGUUCCAAGAAUGGAAACUUCAGGAAUGCUCUGAAAGUCUUCAUUAACAUGCAGGAAGAAGGUGUUUUUCCAAACUCAGCUACCGUAUCCACCUUGCUUAAGGUAUUAGGCUGCUUGAGUCUAUUACACAGUGGCAAAGAGGUUCACUGUUUCUGCUUAAAGAACAAUUUGAUCAGCGAUGCAUAUGUUGCAACUGCACUUGUGGAUAUGUACACAAGAUCAGGGGACCUGAGAAGCGCGUCUGUGCUUUUCUGGGGGAUUGAGAACAAACCGCUAGCUUCUUGGAACUGUAUGAUCAUGGGACAUGCCAUGUUUGGCCAAGGCCAAGAAGGGAUUGCUGUUUUCAAUAAGAUGCUUGAAGCAGGCGUGGAGCCAGAUGCUAUCACGUUCACCUCCGUCUUGUCCCUCUGUAAGAACUCAGGUCUUGUCCGAGAAGGGUGGGAAUACUUUGAUCUUAUGAGGUCUCGUUAUGGUGUUACACCGAGUAUCGAACACUGUUCUUGCAUGGUGGAUAUGCUUGGGAGGUCUGGUUAUCUUGAUGAAGCCUGGGACUUUAUUCAGACAAUGCCAAUGAAACCUGAUGCUACUAUCUGGGGUGCGUUUCUUUCGUCUUGUAAGAUCCACAGAGACGUGGAGCUAGCGGAAGUCGCUUGGAAGAGGCUGCAAGUGAUGGAACCGCACAACUCAGCUAACUACAUGAUGAUGAUAAGCUUGUACAGUAGUUUGAAUAGAUGGGAAGAUGUUGAACACAUAAGGGACUCGAUGAGGAGUCAACGAGUGAGAGUUCAGGAUCUCUGGAGCUGGAUUCAGAUCGAUCAAAGGGUUCACGUCUUCUAUGCAGAAGGGGAAGCACAUCCUGAUGAAGGAGAGAUAUACUUUGAGCUUUACAGAUUAGUCUCUGAGAUGAAGAGAUCAGGUUACGUGCCAGACACAAGCUGUAUACACCAAAACGAAAGCGAAGCGGAGAAAGAGAAGUUGCUAUUGGGACAUACAGAGAAGCUAGCAAUGACCUACGGUCUCAUCAGAAAGAAAGGGUCAGAUCCUAUAAGAGUGGUCAAGAACACGAGCAUAUGUUCUGAUUGCCACACCGUAGCAAAGUACAUAACAGUUUUGAGAAACCGUGAGAUUGUCUUACAAGAAGGGUCACGGAUUCACCGUUUCAGAGAUGGACAAUGUUCCUGUAAUGACUCCUGGUGAUAGUAUACAUCCUAAGUAUCUCUGGUUUGUUCUUACAAUGGUGCAUAAUAAAUACACAGACACUGUCCAACAAACACCACAGGCUCAUGAUUGCCAUAUGGAGCUGAUCUAAACAUGGCAGUGUGACCACAAGUGCUUGUGUUUCUUAAUGGAAGAUUCUACUAAACACACGUCAAGCUAUAUAUCUCUUGAGCUGCCAAUCUUUCAGAGACACAAGCCAAGGAUUUCAUGUUACACUUGAUGAGAGAUUCCACGAAGUAACAUGUGUCAUCUCUGGUGUUACCUUGAGGAACAUCCACAACGAAAGAUUCAAUGACCAUAGUUCCUGAGCUUCCAUUGAUCAUCUCCGGAUGUACAGUCAAGAUCGAAGAGUAGUUCUGCAAAAAGAGAAUCAUUCAUUUAUAAACAUUUUCAUCUGUAAAGAAGCUAUGAUGAGAUUUUGAGAUGUUGUUGUUCUAAUCUCUCGGUGCUGGUUGUCGCAGGAAGACCAGAUUUGACGUUUACUUC